UAAGAUCUGUCGCAUACAGCCCUGGAAUACAACGAUCCAAUCUAUGUUCUGCCUGCAGCUAUAUUCAGAUAUUCAUACUUUGUUCAUUAAAUGUAGUGUUUUGUUUUGGGGUCAAUACCAUUAUAUUUUCUUGAUCUACGACACGACCUCGCCAGCAUUGAUUGAUUUGGCUGAGAAGAUGCCAUCUCCAAGGAUGCUCAAAUCUCAUUGUCACUCCCCCUUCCUACCCGCGGAUAUCGGAACCGAUGAUCCGAAAGCAAAGGUCAUUUACGUAGCGAGGAAUCCAAAGGACACGGCCGUCUCCAUGUAUCAUUUCUGCAACUAUGUUCCGAAUCUGCCAAGUUACGAAUCUUGGGAUGUUUUCUUUGAAGAGUUUCUAGCCGACAGGGCUCCUGAAGGGUCUUGGUUUGAAAACGUGUUACCAUGGUGGAGAAAAAGAAAUCACCCUAAUGUUCUCUUUCUCAAAUACGAAGAUAUGAAGAAGGAUCUCCCAGGGGCCGUGCGACAGAUCGCCGAGUUCAUGGGUAUAUCUCUUUCUGAUGACGUUAUCGCAAAAAUUGCAGAAGCUUCGACGUUCAAAGCAAUGAAGAACAACCCUUCAUCAAACCCAGAUACUAUGAUAAUGAAGGGUAUAGAGCAGGCUGGGAUGGAGAAACCAAAAGACAAAUCGUUCAUGAGAAAAGGCGUGGUCGGAGAUUGGAAGAAUUAUUUCACUGAUGAUCAGAAUAAACGAUUUGACGAGCUAUAUGAGAAGCAAAUGGCGGGAUCUGGACUUGAAUUCGAAUUUUAGGAUUACAGUCAGAUUGAAACAACCAAUCUCAUCGUCGACACGUAGGAGACAAAAAUAUCUAUAAUUCAAAGAAAUAAUGGGCCCGUGAGCAAAUUUUAUAUCCAAGAAAUUAAGUAGUUCCUGUGUUCUAGAACAGAAGUUUUGUAUUACGAAAUCUAAAAUCUAAGAACAAGUUUCGUUCUCUAAAACACUGUAACAAUACUAGGUAAAGUUUUAACCAGCACGAGGGUAAUUAUGUGUCCAACCCAUUUGGGGCAGUAUUUUGUUCAAUGCGGGAAGCAUAUUGUCCAGUAAGGUUGAAAAAUAGGCAGCAAUUACUUUACAAUGGCCAAAAAUUUCAUCACACUUGAUAAAUAAAAAUGCCCAAUGUUGGUUGGAAAAAUAAUUACCAACAUAGAGCAUUUUUACCCAAUGUUUUUUUAGAAUGAUAGGGCAUAGGUUUACCAUGUCUCAUAUCAGAAGGAGCUAAGAGCUCUGCAGCAGCAACGCUGCAAAAUUACCCUGGCUUUAGCAGAUCAGCUGUUACACCCGGCCUAAGCGUUUCAAGUGUUCAGUGCAGUAUAAACAUUUCUUGCGGAUUGGACGCCCUGUAAGGUUGGUUAAACAUAUUUGAACUUGUAUGCAUGUAAGCCCUAUAAGCAAAAGCAUAAUGACUCGAUUCUCUAAAGCCCAUAUUCUGACGUCGGGUUUAAUUUAAACUCGGGUUUAAAGUUGGGUUUAAGUAUGGAUAGCCAAUUAUUACAUAAAUCACUAACAGUAGAAAUAUAAUAUUUCAGCUCAUCUGGCUCUCAACUCAUUCAUAAUUGUCUAGGAAGUAAAAGUAGAUGAUUGUCUUCACCUUUGAAGAAUCAGGAAAGAGCACAGCAAACAUACGAAACAUACAACUUAAUAAAGAUUUUGACAAUUUUGGCUUUCUAGUUUAGCACAGAGUUAGACCAUCGUCUAAGUUAAACCUGACUACAGAAUACGGGACUAAGCGUUUCAAGGGUUGAAUGCAGCGCAAUAAAAAUUUCUUGCGGAAGGAAGUGGACGUCCUUUUAGGUUGUUUAAAAAUAUUUGAAAGUGUAUCCAUGUAGGCCCUGUAGUCAGUGGCGUACCUAGGAUUUUUCACAGGGGGGGGGGGGCAAAACCGUCCGCCAAAAAAUUUGACAAGC